GCAAAAGUCUCUGCAAGGCACGCGACAAAGUCCCUGCUUAUUAACGGGAACCAAACUUCGGCAUACAUGAACCUUGGGAUGCCCAUUCUGGGGGCGUCAAAUGCAGUCAGAUGCAUGAUAUUGGCACGCGCGCCCCCGAUUCGGCUAUUACCCCACACGGCGCUAGACCUUUCAUUUCUCUUGGCCUUAAUCCGGGGUACUGGGAAAAAGGGUUUUCAAAUACUAGCUACUGCUGCCUCAGCUGAGGCCUAAUAUGCGACCGUCUAGGGCUGUACAGGUGCCGAUCAAUAGAG